GGGAUUUAGAAAGAGGCUGCUUUCCUUACCAUUAGCCUCAGAACAUUACAGCUGAAUUCUGAAACAAGAAAUUGAAUUCCCAAAAUAAAAAGAUUGUUAACGGCAUGAUUCCUAAUUUGUAGGAACAUACAUAAACUGCAUAUUCUCUGUCGCUCACACAUAUCCCCUCACAUUCAUUGGUAACGUGUAAGCGGUGGCCAUAUACAUGAUUAAAAAUGGAGCAAAAUGUCUCGGGGUCGAACAUCACUGCCUGCAUUUCUUUUUCGUUGGUUUCUAAGUUUGAUUGAAUAGAGCGAGAAUUUACCGAGGCUGGGGGGAAUGGCGGCUAUGAGUAAGUCGCAGGGUAGUAAAAGGGUGGGUGUGUUGCUCGUGGCGGGAAGUGUUGCUGUGUUGGUCGGAGGGAAGCUGUGGAGCAUUAAAAUGAAAGCUCUGCAGGAUGAGCAGGAUGACCUGCGCAGUCAAGGACUUUUGACGCCGCUGAAAAGAAAACCUCCUUGUUCUCCUGUGGAGGCUAAAUCCAAGGUUGCAGUGAAUGCACUAUUUGCUAAACGACUCUGUGAGAUCUUACGUUUGUGUGUUCCACAUGUUUGGUCCAAGGAAUCUUUUCUCAUUUUUGUCCAAACAUGCUUCUUAUAUAGUCGUACAUUGCUUACAGAUAGGAUUGCCUCACUAGAAGGAAAAUCGGCACAAGCAAUCAUAUCAAAGAAUUGGUCCAAUUUCUUCAAAUAUUUAAUAGCAUUUGCCUUGACAUCUUUACCUGCUGCGGUAGUGAACAGUGGUUUAAAGGCUAUGCGGACUAUUAUCAGUCUUUCAUUACAGAAAGUUCUCACAGAGCAUCUGCACCAAGCUUACCUUACAAACCAUGUUUAUUAUGUGGCAUCUAAUUUAAGAGGGCUUUCAAAUCCAGAUCAGCGAAUUACAGAAGAUGUUGCAAAGUUCUGCUCAUCAAUAAGUGAGCUAUACUCGUACACCUUUAAGCCUGUAUUAGAUGUCAUACUCUUCAGCCGCUCUUUAGCAAAGACAAUUGGGUAUAAAGGACAGUUUGUACUGUAUGGUUACUUCCUUUUAUCUUCAAGCAUUUUGCGUGCCAUUAGUCCACCAUUAGCACUUCUCACAGCACAAGAAGCAGCUUUAUCUGGAAAUUUCAGAAAUGCACAUCAAAGAAUUGUUGCACAUGCUGAAGAGAUAGCAUUUAAUGAUCCUCCUGGAGGAGUUACAGAGUGCAAAAUUCUGAAUGACCAUUUGCAUAGAUUAAUUUGGCAUUCACAAUUGUUUGCGGUACAAAGAUUUCUCCAGCAGGUGGCGGAUGGUUAUGCUGUCAAGUAUUUGGCUUCAAUUAUUGGCCUUUGUGUUUUUGCUGCACCAUUCUAUUUUGUCAAGGAGUCUGAUUCCAAGUUAUCUACAGAGCAAUAUGUCCGUUCGAUUCGUCUUUUGAUGAAUACAUCCAAUGCAAUUGGUCAAUUGGUACUCAUUUACAAAAGAGUUACUACCCUUGCUGGACAUACUUCGCGUGUUUCAGAACUUCUAGAAUCUGUUAAAAUGCUAAGUGCAACAGGAGGAAAGCUAAAAGCAAAUAUUACAUCAAAGCCAAUUGAAAAUGAUCCAUUCUUUCAAGCUUCCAAUGACAUAUUGCCACGGCUUCCAUAUAUCGUGUGGGAUGAAAUAAUCAAAUUCGAUAACGUAACUGUCUAUGCACCAGAUGGGACUCUAUUAGUUCGUGAACUUAGCUUUGAGGUACUACCUAGGAAUUCUGUCAUCAUUAUGGGACCAAAUGGCAGUGGAAAGUCUUCACUUUUACGUGUACUAGCAGAAUUGUGGCCUCUCCACAGUGGAACAAUCAGCAAACCACCUAUGGGGAAAAUCUUCUAUCUUUCCCAAAGGCCUUAUGUAGUGCGUGGAACUUUGAGGGACCAAGUUUGUUACCCAGAUUUACAACAGGAUUCAUUGAAACUUGCGACUCGGGUACAAACAAAUUUUGCUUCUCCUUCAACACCAAUGCAGCAAUAUUAUAUUGAUGAUAAUCGAGUGAUGGAGGCUUUAGAAGCCACAGAAAUUGGGUAUCUACUUGAUCGAGGAGAUGGUCUUGACCAAAUUCAGAACUGGGAAGAGACCUUGUCAGGAGGAGAAAGGCAAAGACUUGCCAUUUCAAGACUUCUGUACCAUUGCCCAAAGUUUGCAGUUUUGGAUGAAUGUACAUCAGCAGUUAGUAUGGAUGGGGAGGAAAAACUCUACAAAAGAAUUCAUGAGAGUGGCAUCACAAUGCUAUCCAUUGCUCAUCGUCCAGCUGUGAAGAAGUUUCACUCUGUUGGUUUAUAUCUUGAUGGAAGCCAACAUGGAUUUGGGUGGCGAUUAGAGAAGCUUGAUCUAGAAUCUUAGUUCAUGAGUUUUAUGUGAAGCUCACAAGAAAAGCAUCCUUUGUUGGUAUGGAUUGUAAGGUGCAGGCAUUUUUCAUUCACUUAAUUCAUUGUAUAUAAAGUAGAUAAUUUUGCUUAGCAGCUUUUACUUUCAAGAGGAAGAUGAAGCAACAUACAUCAGAGUGGCAAAGCCUUUCAGAAGAAAAUUCUGAUUCUCACUUUCAUUUGCCUUUUUAUAGUUAAAGGAAAUCCAAACAGUAUUUGCUCCAAAAUAAAUUUUGAUAUUUUACUGACAUUUGAAUUAUUUCUAGUUUGAGUAAAUAAAAAAUGUGAAAGAAGGAAAAAAUUGUUGGUUAUUUUUA